AAUAUCUUCAGAGGAGCGACCGGUGGUGUCAUCCUCAGAGAGCCAAAAACUGUUUACUAUUUGACUUGUCCAGUCCAUCCUCGCCGCAGAUACACCCACAAAUACACAUUACAAAAGGGUUUUUUUGCAAGGUGAACAAUGACUGGGCGUCUAUCUGGUUUAGUCGGAUGUCUGCUGAUCAUUGCUUGUGUGGAAGCAAUACCACGAAGAACGUACAAAGUAACCGUUAAGACAAGUUCUGGACUAGACGCCGGCUCUGCGCCUCAUGAUAGAGUAUUCAUCAAGUUAUAUGGUGAUAAACAUACUACUGAUUUUAAAGAACUCAAGGGGGACAUGAAUGCUUUUCAAAGAAACACAGUGACAACGUUUGCCAUCGAUGCUCUAGAUGUUGGAAAAAUCAAAAACUUUGAAAUCAAGAAGACUGCGAUGGGUAAAGAGGACAAAUGGAACCUUAAAGAGCUCACAGUAGAAGACCCUGAUGGUAAUAUGUACGAGGCGUUCUGUAAGUGUUGGUUGUCUCCAGAGCARGGUUUGGUGAAAUCACURACUCCAACAAGUGUCACGCACAAAAAGACUUUAAAUGACGAGAUCUCACCAACAAAGGGGCCGGAUAGUUCCCCAGUACCUGAGGAUGUUGGAGAUAACGAAGGUUUUUCUGGCCCUACACCACGUAUACAUGGAGAUAACGGCACUGUGACUACAACAAGUGGAAAUGGGACUACACCGACUGGAAAUGGAAAUACACCGACUGGAAAUGGGACUACACCGACUGGAAAUGGGACUACACCUUCUGGAAAUGGAACUACACCUACUGGAAAUGGGAGUACGCCCACCGGAAACGUUUCUCCGCCCGUAGACUCAAACGCACUAGCCAAAGAAAUUCUUUAUUACAUGAAUGCCCUUCGAUUGAAUCAUCUGGCUGGUCCACUGAUUAAGGAAAAAAAUAUGUCUGACAUCGCUGAAAAAUGCAACCGAUGGAAGUUCACAAGAGUGCCCUCCAGGGUUCAGUUACUAUGCUCGGUCAUGCUACUUGUAUAAGGAGACRCCKGCAUCAUGGUGYGGWGCUGUUCAAGGCUGYGCCGAGAGUACAGCUGCUCUGGCUUCACUUGAUACCAAGGAAACUAACAUAUUUUUAAGCGGGUUUUUAUCAGGGAGGGGAAAUGGAUCAGAUAUCGAAGCAUGGAUUGGAUUCAACGAUCGGUUGCAGGAGAGUCGAUAUCAAUGGACAGAUGGAGGAUCAGCYACCUUCCAUGCGUUUUUACCUACUGAACCAAGUGGUAAUGGAGAAAACUGYGUGGCUAUUAAGAAUACAAUGAAUGAGACAGGAUGGACAGACAAUAAAUGUGCAGCACCUUUGCCUUAUCUGUGUAGAAAACCYGUACAAGCUCCAAUCACAUACAAAAUAACGAUUCUCAUCGAAUCCAACCAACAACCYACRCAGCCUACAAACCCAUACUACAACACCAUUCCWUAUACAGGGUACAGUGCUGGUGGAUACCAAGGGGGGUACCCUCCCGUGGGACCAUAUGGUUCAUACCAAAGCAACCCCUAUGGAUUCCCUUAYGGUAAAAAGAAAUCAGAMGUUCCAAAAGCCAAACGAUCUCAUAUUCAACCWCAACAAGGAAKCAAGAARACAUACGUCCCAGGACUGACGGAUUUCGUUGCUCUUAUUAAAAAAAGAAUGUCAGCAUUGAGCGACCAUAAACUUGAUUUUGUUGGAGAUUCUUCAAUGAUUGGAUCGGACAGUGGCUACUAUGUCAGUGUCUAUCUUAAAGAACCAUCAGGAUCAGAUCCCAGUCCUGCUCAACCUCUACAAGAUUACCUUGAUGCAAAUGGUAACCAUCUUGCACCUAAUAAUACCGCUAAUGCUACCAUCGCAUGUGUGACCAUUGUAUGUGGAGGAGUUCGAUGUUCAAGUCAAUGCAGUACAUCAUGCAACACUCAGUGUAGUUCAUCAUGCUGUGCCGGCUACAACCCUCAUGGUACAACAGGAACCUCACCUUACCCAGCACCUUCACCAUACGGAGUACAAUACCCCUCACCAGUAUCAYCACCCUAUCCACAGCCUUCCCCAUACCCAAACCCCGUCCCCGUCCCCGGUCCGGUCCCAUUUCCUUACCCUAAUCCACCUUCCACUAACCCUACUGGGCCAAACCCGUCUGGAAAGCAAGGGCCAGCAGGCUGUAGUCGUCCAUGUAGUAGGAAUCGAGUCGGACAAUAUUGUCCAGCAUUCUGUCCCCCACAUUGCUGUAGAAAGCCGUACUAAAUGACAUUAUAUAAUACUAAAAAUCUUUCCAGUUUGUAUGGAUAGUAACUAGACAUAGAUCUGUAGAAAAUAGUAGAUAAUAAAUACCAGGUCGGAUUGGGUUCGGGUCGGAUUUUAAUCCGACUCGUAAAAUAUUCGGAUUUAAUUCGGAUUCAAUUCGCACUUAUUUCGGAUUUAAUUCGGAUUUAAUUGAUAAUGAAUCUAAGAUGAUUACCUUGAUGAAACGUAUAAGUAAUGUGGGUCUGUCUGUAUUAAUUCAUUUAAAUGUAAGUUGGAGUUCUAAUCAAAGUGAUUUACGACUUAUUAUAAACCACCUAAGGGGAAUAACACCUUACAUCUUAUAGAUUAACAGAUACAAUAUUGAAAUUAUGGUAAAGCUAUAUCUAUAUAAGACAAGCUGUAACAUUAGCAUGGCAUAGUGAUCGAAUCUCUUCAAUAAAAUCUUAACA